AUGUCCCUUGAAGACAUGGUUAAAUCACUAGCUGAUAGCACUUGUCAAAUGCGGCAGGACUUGCAGAGAUUUCAACAAAAGACUCGCACCAGCAUUAGGAAUUUGGAGGCGCAAAUGUCACAACUGGCGUCUUCAAUGAGCAACCUUGAGAGUGGUAAAAAGAAGCUAUCAUCUCAGGUAAUUCCCAAUCCAAAAGAGAAUGCAAAUGCAAUGAUUCUACGAAAUGGCAAGGAGGUACAGUCCUCAAAAUCGGAAGCAGCAGGAGAGGAAGACGAACGAGUGUAUGGGGAGUUUGAGAAGGAAAAAAUAAGCACCCCGCCAAAUUUUCUAAGAACUUUGAUAUUAACCCGUCUUUUCCUGUUUUUGAAGGGGCUGUGCACUAACCGAAGCAAGUUGAAUGUUCAAGACAAAAUAAAGAUCGGUGAGAAUGUGCCCACGGCCCUUCAAAGGAAGUUACCGCAAAAAUACAAGGAUCCAAGUAUGUUCACGAUACCAUGCAUCAUAGGACAAAAGAGAAUACAAAGAGGUAUGCUUAAUCUAGGGGCAUCUAUUAAUAUUAUGCCUUUGUCAAUAUUUAGGGCCUUAAACCUAGGCCUUCUAAAAGAUACAAGGGUAGUAAUUCAACUAGCCGAUAAGUCAAAUGUUUACCCUGAGCGUGUAGUUGAAGACGUCCUAGUGAAAGUUAAUGAGUUUAUCUUUCCUGCUGAUUUCUAUAUUGUUGACAUGAACGACGAUAACUCAGUUAACUCAGCUGUACUCCUUCUGGGUAGGCCAUUCAUGAGUACAGCUAGAACCAAGAUAGAUGUACAUGAAGGUACCCUGUCUGUAAAGUUUUACGAGCAGACAAUUACUUUUAACAUUUUUUAUGCGAUGAAAUAUCUGGAUGAUACUGAGUCUAUUAAUUAUGUUGGUGUCACUAAUUCCAUUAUGCAAGAUCACCUUGAGCAGAAUCUUAUGGAGGACAAGCUGGAAUUCGUAUUACAAUAG